ACGCUUCUCUCCUCAUUCCAUCUCUCUUCUUCUUCUUCUUCUUCUUCUCUUCUCGCGUUCUCGUUUGUUGUUUAAAAAACUUUUGUUGUAUUUAUUAUUAUUUUUUUUUUGUUGCUCAUCUUCUUCUCUCCAUUUCGGUUGGGAUCUGAAACCCCCUCUCCUUGCAAACAGGCGGAAAUCCAUCCGAUCAAAGCGGUUUCGAUCUCAGAGCGGCCCAGAUUCUAAGUUCCCAUUUGGCGUCCAGCCGGAGACGAGAAGGAGGUGGCAACGAGAAGAGAGAGACGUGUCGUGGAGUCGAAGGGAAGACCGGCUUUCUUACGGGAAAAAAAAUUUGGAGGUAGAGGAGGGUAGGCGAUGUCGUCGUCGAACUCGCCGUGCGCGGCGUGCAAGUUCCUGCGGCGCAAGUGCACGCAGGGAUGCGUCUUCGCGCCCUAUUUCCCACCGGACCAGCCGCAGAAGUUCGCCAACGUGCACCGGGUCUUCGGAGCGAGCAACGUCGCCAAGCUCUUGAACGAGCUCUCGCCGGCGCAAAGAGAAGAUGCCGUGAAUUCGCUCGCUUACGAAGCCGAGGCACGGUUGCGCGACCCGGUUUAUGGCUGUGUUGGCUACAUCUCCCUACUCCAGCAUAAGCUCAAGCAGGUCCAGCACGACCUCUACAAUGCUAAAAAGGAGCUCUCCGCCUACAUUGGCCCGGCCGCCCUCGGCUCAUUCCUUCCCCACGCCGGUCACCAUCACCACCACCAGGCCGCUCUUGUCGGCGGCGCCCACCACCAUCACCAGUAUCUCCACCUCCAGGGGGCUUCACCAUCGUCAGCGCCGCCCUUCGGGGUUCCGGGAAUGGGGAUCGGGAUGGGUCUUGGUUUGGCUGCCGGCGGGGGUACCGCUGCAUCGCCGCACCAUGCGCAGAUGCUGAUGAGGGAGCAACAACAGCAGCAGAUGGCGGAGGCGCAGCAGAUGGCGGUGGCGGUGGCCGCCGUUCGAGAGCAAGAGAUGCUGAGAAGCUACGAGCAGCAGCAGCAAGAGUUCGCAAGAUUCGGCGCUGCGUACGCCGCCGAUGGCCGAGGUUUUAAUCAGAUGGUCGGCGGUGGUGCGACGGUAGCAGUGGCCGCCGGGCAGCCGUCAGCGCUGGCGCUGGUUUCGCCGCAGCCAAUUGAGACUACUCCGUUUCUAGUCCAGCAGCAGCAGCCACAGCCACAGCCACAGCAGUAUGCGGAACAGCCACAGCAGCAGCAAAGAGCUGGGAGUGAUGAGGGGAGGAGAGGUAUCGGUCCAUCGUCUUGAAGAAAGAGUUCAAAUCUCAGCUAAUUUAGGAAGAAGGCUAUUGUACUACAAUUUUUUUAGGCAAUUCUUCUGAUCUUCCCCCUCCACUCCUGGCGAAUGCUUGAGUGAGUAUUCUCCUUCCUCAAAGGUAUAAGCACUUUAUCACCCUCUCUAAUAUCCAUUUGUUUUUUCGUGUUUACCACACUCUUCUUAUCGAGUUAAGAGAAAGGGACAAAAUGUUAAGGUAGUAUGAAGUUCUAAACUCCAUUUUGGGCAAAGCACGAGCAGGCGAUUUUGAUGCAUUCGAGUGGUGAGUUGAAGUAGGGAAGUACAUGAAUGCGCUCUAUAUAUGGAUUCAAGGACUGCCUUGGUGCUUAAAGGCCAUCAUUCCCUCACUCUUUCUCAUAUAAACCAGUCAGUUCUUGUGGUACAGGAGUCUUGGCUUUAUUAGGUGUAGCAGUGUUGAAUUCAUAAGCUGACGAUUGAAAUUUUUAUACGAGUGGAUCUGGUGGCAGGGCCUUUCUGCAAUCAAAGUGAAGAGAUAUACACUUGGCUGGAAAAGUUGAUAGAGAUAAACAGAGAGAGAGAGAGAGAGAGAGAGAGAGAGAGAGGAGGAAGGGA